CGGAACUCCUUUUGGUCCAAAAAGGCGAAAGAAAACCUCAUUCACUCAGAGUGGUCCAGUCAGAAGGAAACGUUGUAACCUGCAGCGACGGUCAGUCAACAUUGGACGGACAUUGAACGACUAUGAGAGUGUUAAUAGGAGGGGGAUCUGGCUUCGUGGGCCGUGAGCUGACUCGCCUGCUCAAACACAAAGGUCAUGAGGUCACGGUGAUAUCUCGCCAGCCUGGUCCGGGGAAGAUAACAUGGAGUGAGUUGGAGUCUCACGGCCUCCCACCGUGUGAGGGCGCCGUCAACUUGGCUGGAGAGAAUCUUAUGAACCCACUACGAUGGUGGAAUGAAAGCUAUAAAAAGGAUUUGUUCUCCAGUCGUAUCGACACUACAAAAUCUCUGGCACAAGCCAUUGCUGCUUCCUCCAGUCCUCCUCACUCCUGGGUUGUGGUAUCAGGUGUAGGUUGUUACAAGCCCAGUCAGACGGCUGAGUAUACAGAAGACAGUGAAUGGACGCCAUUCGACAUCCUCUCCAAACUUGUGAAAGAGUGGGAGGCCUCGGCACUUCUUCCUGAGAAUGUGACAAAAAACACCAAACAAGUCGUCAUCAGGUCUGGGGCAGUAUUGGGUCGCGAUGGUGGUGCCAUGAAACAAAUGAUGCUGCCCUUCUGGCUCGGCCUCGGGGGCACUCUGGGGUCAGGAAGACAGCCGUUUCCCUGGAUCCACGUCUCAGACCUGGCAGGACUCAUCGCCCACGCCCUGGAGCCCCCUGCAGACACUCCCCCGCCUUCGCCACAAGUGUUCAACGGGGUCGCGCCGGCGCUGAACACCAACUACGAGUUCACUAAAGAACUGGGCCGGGUCCUGAGGAGGCCCACCAUUUUCCCUGUGCCUGGCUUCGUCAUGAACACCCUAAUGGGCUCUGAGAGGGCAGUGGUCCUCCUGCAGGGCCAGAAAGUCAUACCAAAGAGGACUCAAGAGGCCGGAUUUGAGUACAAGUACCCGGACUUGACCUCUGCCCUGGAAGAGAUCGUUGGGAGUUAACAGGUGUUGAAAGAAUACGUGCUGAUUUAAGAUUUUCUGUUAUUGGGUGUUCAUAUUUAAUGGAUUACAAGAUUCAACUCAAUAGUUGAACAAGAACUUAGGAUCACAAAUGGGCCUGAGGACUGCUUAUCACAUAUGAGCAGUUUAUGAAUCAGGUUUUCUGAGAGCUUGUUUGUACUAAGCGAUAAAAUAGAGCGGAGACACUGAGACUCAAUAGACAAAUACAGGUGUGAUGGCAUACCUGCGUACAUUUAGGGCGCACUGGGAUCCGAUUGUUCAGGCAUUGAAGGACUACAUAACCCUGACAAAAAUGUCAAACAAAUCGGGUAGAAAUUCUAAGUCCACAUCACGAUAGUCCACUUCUCUCUCGACUGACCACAGAUGUGUAUUUUUUUCCUGUUCAGCUGCUUUUACUGUUUUCUUUCACAUAAACUCAAAUAUGAGCAGAGAUGCAGAAGAACAUACACUCUGAUGCCAGGUAACUGCAGUCUGGAUGAUCUGAGCAGUAGGGCUGCAGAUAAUGAUUAAUAUCAUUAUUGACUGAUCAGUCUAUCAAACAUCAGUGUAAUCAUUCGUUCAAGUAAACAAUAGAAAGUUACUAUGAAGAUCAGUGGUGCUUUUGGUCUUUGGGGAUGUGUGAACUUUAACCUGAAGUACUGAAACAUGCAGGAAGAAGUGUCUUAUUCUCCAUUUUGUGACUUUUAAAUAUCAAAUGACUGUGGAAAUUGCAGCAUGCUUGUUACAAGAAAUGGAAUAUGAUGUGAAUAUGAUAUGAUUUGUUGAAGGUGGUGCACAAUAAAGCUGGGUAAAUUACU